AUGGCACCACCUAGCCAUCCCCCAGGCAAUUUCGCUCCUCCGCCGCCUCCGCCCGUGUAUCCGGCCCACUACAACUCCUGGGGAGGCGCUUCGGCAGCCCGUCCUAGCUCUUCAAGGGAGCCCGUGUCCGAAAGUCCAGCUGUUGGGUGGAUCGAAGUUCCCGACACGUCACCCCUGGUCAAAGAGGGCUACUUCAAUGUGGCGCCGGUCGUGCAGUGGAGUGACAACAUUCAGACACUCUUGAGUAGCUCCAACAACAUCAUGUACGAUCUAGACAACGACGUGUUCGACACGAUGACCUUCAACCACGACGGGGAUUGGUCCGACUUCCCCGAGGUGGGUGCCGUCUUGCGGCAGAACGGCUAUGAAGAGCUCGCCAUCUGUGUAGCGAUCUGCCCGCCUAGAGCGCUGUGGGCUGUGGGCAUGGCCAGCAAGCAGCGCCAUCGGCUGCAAGCUGCGAGGCUCUCGAUGUGCUUGGCGCUAGCGGCCAAUGCCGAAUCCCUUCAGGAGGUCUUCUCCAGGAAUCCGGAGUUCCUAGACUUCUGCCGCAGUGCCAACAUCUCUGUGGAGGACUCGAUGCCCAACGGUGUUCGGCCGCCAGAACCUUCGGCACCGCCGACGAGCAAAAACAAGCGAAAAAGCAAGAAGCGCGAGUACACUCAAGAGGAGUGGGACGAGUGGAACGCGCAGAAUCAGAAGAAGCCCAAGGGGAACACCAACGGCCAUGCCAAUCAGGACUGGAAUGACCGGAACUGGAACGACAAGAACUGGAAGGACCAGGACUGGAAGGAUCAGGAAUGGAAGGACGCAGGCAAUGCGGAGAUGCAGGACGAUGGCUCGCCGUAUGAUCCGGAGAAGGAGCCGCAAAUGGCCCCACCUGUUGGCGUGGAGGAGGAUGCUGCCGCGGCUGAGGCAGAGGCAACGGAAGCGGCAGAAGCGGCAGAAGCCGCAGAAGCGGAAGCUGCGGAGGCGGAAGCCGCGGAGGCAGCUGCGGCGGCGGCCAUGACGGCCGAGGAGGAAGCUGAGGCAGUGGCUGCUGCCAAAGCCGCGGAGGCCGCGGCCUUACUCGAGGCCGAGCUAGCAGAGGCUGAGCGAGUUUCGGAGGAGAUGGCCCAGGAGGCUGAGGCGCAGGCAGAGCCAUCGCCACAGCGGCCGCUGGGUCUCGCGAAGAAAGCCCUGCAGACGCCGCAGCAGCCGGUUCCCCGCGACGAGCCACUUUGGCUCUGGCUCGACGAGCUGAACGACAAGCUGCAGGGCUACUCCCUGGGUGCCGAGACGCUUGCGCUUGCGUCGGAUGGCAGCAAAAGGAAGGGGCUCUACACCCAGGCAGACAAAGCCUUGCAGACGCUGCUUGGCGACGAGUCGGGCCAGAUCGUCUUCUUGGAUGACUCCGACUGGACCAAGUUCCCCUGCGUUGGCGAUGCCCUGAAAACACGGGGUGACAAGGAGGAGUGUUUCACAAUCGCCAUCUCGCCGGCUCUCUCCCUGUGGGGGAUCGGAGUUGGCAUGAAAGGCUGGGUGCGGCACAGGGCCGCAAAGAUCGCCUUGGCCACCGUGGUGGCGAUGCAGAAGUCGGAUGUCGGGGAGGAGGUCCCCGACUUCUCUUCAGCCCCAGCCGUCGCCGACUUCUUUGAGGAGGCGAGACAGGCCAAAGACACCAUGCUGUACUCGUGA